CCGGGGACGUGAUGACGUGAUGACUCGCGACGUGCUGCCUAGCAACGAAAACAACGCGACCCGGCAACCGUCAAGUUAAACUGCUGCCUUCAUCAGUGUUAUCCUCCUCCUGGUUAUGGAUGAGACGGUGAAGCCCGUGAGGAUUCCUCCUGAGAUGUGUGUGUAUGCUGACACACACCACGUCUUCAACCUGGUGCAGAGCUUGCUCUCCAGCCUCCUGGUGGAUCGUCCAGACGAGCCGCUCGGCUUCCUGAUCGACCUGCUGAAGAGUCGCAACGAGGACGCUCCCAGGCUGGUGCUGCUGGGUCCCCCGGCAGCAGGGAAGAGGACGGUGGCCAGGAAGUUGUGUGCAGAGCUCGGAUGUGUCCAUGUGACAGUUGAUACUUUACUGGAUGACCAAUCAGACCUCAGCAAGCAGGCCAUGCAAUACACACAUGCACAGCAGGAGCUUCCUGCUGAGCUGCUGGUCCAGCUGAUCCAGCGGAGACUGGCCGAGACAGACUGUCUCAGACAGGGCUGGCUGUUGGAGGGACUCCCUCAGACUCGGCAGCAGGCUCUCUGUCUGCAGGAGGCCGGCAUCAGCCCCAGGCAUGCUGUGCUGCUGGAGGCUCCAGGUGCUGUGCUGUUGGAGAGGAGGCGGGGCCAGCAGGUGGACCCGCUGACAGGAGAUGUGUACCACCAGACCUUCGUGCAGCCAGCUGACCUGAGCGUCACCCGGCGGCUGGAGAGGGGGCGGAGCCUGUCGGAGGAGUGGUGGCUGGCUGAGCUGCAGCGCUUCCGCUGUGAGGUCACGGGGCUAAGCUCCGCCUACCAGCACGUCCUGAAGAGAGUGAACGCCGACCAGCCGCACAGCCAUGUCUACCAGCAAGUGCUGGGUUUCGUUCAGACUCGUCAACCCUCCUCAGAGCCUUGCAUUCCCAGAAUCCUCCUGUUCGGCCCGCCGGGCUCAGGCAAGAGUCUGCAGGCCAGACUGCUGUCCGAGAAAUACAAGAUGGUGAACGUGAGUUGUGGUCAGUUGCUGCAGUCUGUAGCUGCAGAUGAUUCUGCUGUGGGAGAGCAGGUCCGACAUUUCCUGGAGACUGGACAGCAAGUUCCAGACGGGCUGGUGCUGCAGGUGCUGACUCAGCGUCUGAGCCGUCUGGACUGCAGCAGCAGAGGCUGGAUCCUCCACGGCUUCCCCCCCCACCCCCCCCACCUGGAGCAGCUCCAGGGCCUGCAGGCCAGCAGCCACCUGCCCAACAGCUGCAGCUGGUUAGCCACGGAGCGCCUCGCCGCCAGCUCGUUCCAAACCUCCGUCAGUUUUCGGUGGUCCUGGGACUCGGCUCUGCUCGGCUGUGCUCGGCUGUGCUCGGCUCAGGAGAACACAGCGCUCUCCUCAGGUGUCCGCUGCUCUCUCCCAUCCCCCGGCUCCUCUGAGCUCAGCAGCCCGGGUUAG